CGCUACUUUAUUACGCUUUAAAAAACAAUCUUUAUGUCGGAUUCACUCUGCGGAUUCCCCUAGAGAAACAGUCUCUUCUAUUGGUUUUUCCACUACCGUCCUUUGUUUCUUUUUUGGCCUUCUCUGAAUUAUCAAAAACAUUACGUAUUUAUCAGAUAAGCUUUGGUUCUGCGAAAUUUUUUUUAUUUACCUAAUUGGCUUUGUGCAUAUUGGUUUCAAGAGGAGUGUGACACUUCGAAGCUGUUAUUGGUAAUUGAACGGUUUAAGCAUAUCUGGCUCAUCGAUACCAGAGUCCCAAUAAUCUUCUGUUGUUGAUGAUUUUGUGGCAUUAGUCAGUUGCGUUCUCAUUUACAAGAUGAACAACCAGUAUGGUGAAGAGCAUGACGAAGCAACAGUUGUGGGGUUUGAAGUUCCAAAAUCACCCGACUCAAGUUACAACAACAUUUACCCUGGUAAUGAAGACGAGGCACGGGAUCCGCCUCUUGUCCCCCCACAUCUCCAAAACACCUUAAUUAGCUACCCAGCAAGCAGAGACACUGCUGGAACUCUUCCAUUGCCACAAAAUGUGAUUCUCAACCAUCUUUACAUUGAGAACAGGGAGCCCCCGCGAUCUGUCGUGGCGCUCGGGUUCACGCAUCGAUUCCGUCAAAAAUAUGUUACAGUUGUAGUUUACAGACCAGUUCAUAGAAGGGGCAGUAGCAGUACUUAACAGGCGUAUAGAAGAAAUAAUUAGGGUGGUUUAUUUGACCUUGUAAUGAUGGAAUUAGUCGUGGUAGUCCCAAAUACGAAAUUAGCCGCCAAGGAUGUUUAUUGCGGCACAGCAGCUGAUGCGCUUAACAUGUGUUUUAUUAAAGUUCUCUGUAGACUUGAGUUAUUGAUAGUCUCAUGAGGCUAGACUUGCUAA